AUGGCGAAGUUAGGCAGACAGAAGCAAGCCUUGAUGAUGGAACAUUCCGAGCCGACAACAUUACUUGGCGGUAUUUCAUACUUUGAGACUCGGAGUGAUGUGGUGAUACAAGGCUUAGAGGCCUGUCUUGCGGUUGUGGAAAUACUCCCUCCUGUUGUAUUCGUCGCUUUUGGCUGGAACACCACCUUGACAAGGCAGCAGGCUCAAGGCAAGCUAUGUCUCAUUUUCAUGCACUUUUCUUCGGUUUCGAAGCCGAAUGUUCUCAGGAACUAA